AUGAGAACAUUUUCUAGACCACCCCCCGCCCCCUGGGACUCGAUAAAUGUCCUGGAUCCUAUAGUGACCAGACUGAUUGACCAAUGACCGACACUAUUCUUAUAAUUUCAGAUCCUUACAACCUUAGUGAAUGGACUUUCCAUACCAGUGACUUGCAAAAUCAGGAUUCUCCCCACAGUUGAAGAAACUGUGAAACUGGCCAAACUGAUAGAAAGCACAGGAGUGGCAGCACUAGCAGUUCACGGUCGAACAAAGGAACAAAGACCACGCCAUGAAAACCAGAAUCAUUUCAUUAAAGCAGUGGCUGAAGCCCUAACCAUUCCAGUUAUUGCUAAUGGAGGAUCCAAAAAUCACAUCAGGAAAUAUGAAGAUAUAGAAUGGUUUCGUCUAGAAACUGGAGCAGAUUCAGUGAUGAUAGCGAGAACAGCAGAAUGGAAUACUUCUGUAUUUAGAAAAGAGGGAAUGCUUCCCACAGAUGAGGUCAUAAAGGCUUAUUUAAAAAUUGCAAUAGACUACAACAAUAAUAUGACCAAUACAAAGUACACAGUGCAGCAGUAUCUCCACGAGAAUCUCAACUCUCCUGUAGGGGAGGCAGUAAUGCAAGCAGAACUGAUGAGAGACCUCUGUGCACCUUGGGGUUUAGUUGAAUAUCUAGAAGAAACUGAACAAAAACGUCGAGAGAGAGCAGAGACUCUCAUACAGACAAUGGCAGAUGAAGAUGGAACUGGGUCAUAUGGACUGAAGAAAAGAAAACUCAAUGAUGGUUCCGAAAUUAUUGAAAUGCCCAUCAAGUUUAUAAGAAAAGAAUAUGAGGGCACAGGACCUAAAAUGAUUUUAUAUGAGUGGACAAAGAAGAAUAACCUACAGAAACCAGUUUAUGACACGGAACAAAAGGGAAAUGACCGUUGCUUCCAGUCAGUUGUCACUGUUGAUGGAAAAAAGUUUUCAUCUUGUCACUGGGAAAAGUCCAAGAAAUAUGCAGAAAAUGCAGCUGCCAUUGUGUGUUUACAGUAUCUUGGACUUCAUGAUGAAAGAAAACUAAACAUCGUCUGCCCAAUUCCAGUGGAUGGUGUUAGUUUGGGGACUCCACCAAUCAGAGUGGUCCUACCAGAGUCCAACAAGAAAAAGGACAAAUCAGGAGAGGCCUCACAAAAUGAUAAUGUAGCACAACAUAGUCUCAAUAAUGUAAAUGUUUCUGGGCAAAGACAGAACAGUUCUCAAACAAAAGAAGGUAUGAUAGAAAAACGGGAGACUAUAAAUGCCACAUGUGGGAUUUCAGGAAAUAUUGAUCCUUUAAAUUCUGUGCAUGAUACAGCUGUCGUGGAAGGAUUUAACUCACCUAAUGGUGAAGUCAAUGGUCACUGCAAGCUGAAAGAUAAACACUAAUUUGGAUUUACAUUUUAAAAUCACCAUUAUGGUCUGAAAUAGCAUGUGGGUUACAUUUUUAACCAUAAUGUGUCCAGUGCAGUUUUAUGUAGAAAAUUAUUUUCAGAGGUAGAAGAUCAUUUUAAGUAUUUCAGUAGCGUUUGAGUUUGAAUAAAAUUGCAUGAAAGUUUCCAUACCUCAAAGUAGAAAGAUGUAUUUUUUUCAUUUUUGCAAAAAUAUGACAAUUUAGGUUAUAUUUUUAGUAUAUCUUUCUUUUUGUGCACAAUUUAAACUUGACACUUUUAAAAGAUUUUGACUACAUUUGCCAUUUAAAAAAGCUGAAAUCUUUGCUCUUGAAUACAGAAGCAAAGAGAUGGACUUGAGUGUUUGAAAUCAAUGUAUAGUGAUAGUUGACAUCAGGGAUUGAUAAUUAUUUAAGA